AUGGAUCCACAUCAUUGUGCUGACACUGUGGAGAAAACACACCACUGUGACCAGUGUCAGAAGAGCUUCUCUUCCUCAUCAUAUUUGAAGUGUCAUCAGCGUAUCCACACUGGAGAAAAACCUUACACCUGUGACCAGUGUCAGAAGAGCUUCUCUUCCUCAACAUAUUUGAAGCAUCAUCAGCGUAUCCACACUGGAGAAAAACCGUACCUCUGUGACCAGUGUGGUAGGAGUUUCACUCAACUUGGAAAUUUAAAGGACCAUCUGCGCACUCACACUGGAGAAAAGCCUUACACCUGUGACCAGUGUGGUAAAAGUUUCACUCAAACUAGAAAUUUAAAAGACCAUUUACGCACUCACACUGGAGAAAAGCCUUACACCUGUGACCAGUGUCAGAAGAGCUUCUCUUCCUCAAGAAAUUUAAAGCAUCAUCAGGGUAUCCACACUCUUGAAAAUCCUUACACCUGUGACCAGUGUGGUAAGAGUUUCACUCAAUCUGGAUAUUUAAAGAAGCAUCUGCGCACUCACACUGGAGAAAAGCCUUACACCUGUGACCAGUGUGGUAAGAGUUUCACUCAAUCUGGACAUUUAAAGAAGCAUCUGCACACUCACACUGGAGAAAAACCGUACCUCUGUGACCAGUGUGGUAGGAGUUUCACUCAAUCUGGACAUUUAAUGGAGCAUCUGCGCACUCACACUGGAGAAAAGCCUUACACCUGUGACCAGUGUCAGAAGAGCUUCUCUUCCUCAGCAUAUUUGAAGCAUCAUCAGCAUAUCCACACUGGUAAACAGACGAGCAAAAACCUAGCCGGACCUCAUGGUGAGAGUGAGGAGAGUUUCAUAGGAGGACAAAUGGAUCCACAUCAGCGUGCCGACACUGUAGAGAAAACACACCACUGUGACAAGUGUCAGAAGAGCUUCUCUUCCUCAUCAUAUUUGAAGUGUCAUCAGCGUAUCCACACUGGAGAAAAACCGUACCUCUGUGACCAGUGUGGUAAGAGUUUCAUUCUAUCUGGACAAUUACAGAAACAUCUGCGUACUCACACUGGAGAAAAUCCUCACACCUGUGACCAGUGUGGUAAGAGUUUCACUGUAUUUGUACAUUUAAAGGACCAUCAACACACUUACACUGUGUAGAGAGUGCACCUGAACUGUCUGGGUCUCUUAGCUGUUAAAAAAUGACACGUGAUUUGUAAAACUUGUCAUGAAAAUAUUUCAAUAAUAUUCAUAUGCAUGCAACUUGA